AUGUCCAAAGAUGAUUUCAAUUUUCUGUUACGAGCCAUUAAAGAUACAAUAUCCAAAAAAGAUACAACUUUUCGACGUGCAGUUCCUCCGGAGGAACGGUUAGCAGUAACUCUCAGGUUUCUUGCAACUGGCGAUUCGUACACCAGCUUGCAAUACCUUUUUAAAAUAUCGAAACAACUGAUAUCAGAAAUUGUUCCGGAAGUGUGCCAGGCAAUAAUUGAUUCCCUUAUCAAUUACGUCAAGAUGCCGUCAACUGCAGAAGAAUGGAAGAAGAUUUCUCAACAAUUUGAGGAGAAGUGGAACUUUCCAAGGUGUAUAGGAGCUAUAGACGGAAAACACGUCACAUUGCAAGCUCCAACCGCAAGUGGUAGCGAAUUUUAUAAUUAUAAAUCACAAUUCAGUAUUGUUUUAAUGGCCGUAGUGGACGCCGAUUACAAUUUUAUUUUUGUGGAUACUGGUUGUCAAGGGCGCAUUUCGGAUGGAGGCGUGUUUAAAAAUUGUGAGCUUUUUAAAAGAAUGGACAGGGGCAACUUAAACUUACCUCAACUAUCAAGUUUGGUGGAAGGAGGGAUAGGCGUACCUUACGUUUUUGUAGCAGACGCCGCGUUUCCCCUGAGCGACAACAUAAUGAAACCCUAUGUAGGUGUGCAUCCAAAAGCAUCACCCAAACGUAUCUACAACUACAGACUAAGCAGGGCGCGUCGAGUUGUGGAAAAUGCAUUUGGCAUUCUGUCAAGUGUUUUUCGAGAUUUGCGAAAACCCUUACUAUUAGAACCCGAAAAGACAGUGCUUGUUGUAAUGGCUGCAGUGUGCUUGCACAAUUUCUUACGGCGAAGUAAGACGUCGAGAGACCUGUAUUCACCACCAUCAUUAUUAGAUACGGAAUUCAAUGGGGGAUUGAAACCUGGGAGUUGGAGAAGGGAGCAACAGGGCGCUACAUCCUUACUAGACUUAAAAAAUGUACCUCGAAGAGCCAAAUUAAGUUCGCAAGAAAUCAGGGAGGAGUUUUCCAAAUAUUUUAGCAAUGUUGGUACGGUGCCUUGGCAAAACGAUUACGCGUAA